AAACCACUGCGCUCCCUCUUCCAAACCCAUGUCCUGAAAUGAAAACAUCUCCCCAUAUAUAAAUCUCCUCUCCUCCCCCUCCUCUCCCCUGCCCCAAACCCAAACCCAAACCCAAAGUCUUCUCUCUCUCUCUCUCUCUCUCUCUAGAAAGUGUUAAGUAUAGUAGAAGCCGCCAUGCGAGUAAGCUGUAAUGGAUGCAGAGUCCUUCGCAAAGGCUGCAGUGAUAACUGCACCAUAAGACCCUGCCUACAGUGGAUCAAAACCCCCGAAUCCCAAGCCAACGCCACCGUCUUCCUCGCCAAGUUCUACGGCCGUGCCGGCCUCCAAAACCUCAUCAAUGCUGGCCCCGAUCACCUCCGUCCCGCGAUUUUUAGAUCAUUACUAUAUGAAGCAUGUGGGCGUAUCGUGAACCCGAUCUACGGCGCGGCUGGCUUGCUCUGGUCCGGAAACUGGCACCUCUGCCACGCCGCCGUCGAAGCCGUUCUACACGGCUCGCCGAUCGUGCAACUCUCUCCGGACUCCGAAUUGAGCACCAUGAGUCCUCCUCUCAAGGCCUGCGAUAUCCGACACGUGUCCAAAGAUGAGAGCUCGGCUGCUUCUCGUGAUCUGCACAAGGUGAAGUGUCGGAGCCGGUUCAAGCGCGCUGCUGGGAAGCCGAAGGUGGAAGUGGAGCCGUCUGUUGAUGAAGCGGCUCAGGUCAUGUGGAGCUGGUCGAAUAAAAAAGAGUCGGCGAGUCAUGACUCGGUGGUGAGUCACCAGGAGGAGCCACCAAGUCACGGAGGAGAGAGCGGUGAUGGUGAUAGUAUGUCGGUGGAGACGGUGGAGGCGUCUCUGGCGGCGGUUAAGCCGGAUUGUAGCGAUGUUGAGUUGGAGCUGACUCUCGGCUUUGAGCCGUAUGUGAGGGCUGAGACUGGAGAAGGGUUGGUGUAGACUGGGGAAGAGGGGAUCGACGGUUCAUCGGAGGACACGUGUGAGGUUGAGUUUGGAACUGAAUUGUCCUUGCACUAGUGUAGUGUAGCCUUACAAAACGAUGCGUUUUUGCCCCGUAGAUAAAACUAGUUUUGGCGGCUCAGAUAGAUGCUCUGUCACAGAGUGUUGCUCUUUUUGUUUUUGUUUAUUUAAUUCUUGUUCAUUUUCCUUCCCUUUUUUGUUUUUUUUGACUUUAACUUGAAACAGUAAGGGCAUCCAUAAUGGGAUAAUCAAAAUUGUUUGUUAAGGUGUGUUAUAUAACAAAAAGUAAUAAAAGUGGAGCUCCAAAAAUAUUUGUUAAAAUGUGUUAA